GAGUAGAAUCUAAGUUUAAAUUUAAAUUUUGUGGAUAUAGUAACCUCACUCACUUGAUUGGAUUUCCAACUUUGAUUUCAAACUCCCUUCCCCCCAAAUUUCUCUCUUUCAAUCACUGCUCUCACUUUGAUCGGAAAAGUGGAAAACCAUCGAUUGCUUAACUGAGCGGAAAACCGACAACAUCAUGACGGCGGUGACACUCUCAGCCGGACGGGAGCUAUCGAAUCCUCCGACGGACGGAAUAUCCAACCUCCGCUUCUCCAACCACAGCGAUCACCUCCUCGUCUCUUCCUGGGAUAAGACCGUAAGACUGUACGAUGCAAGCGCCAAUGUGUUGAGAGGAGAAUUCCUGCACGGCGGUGCCGUGCUCGACUGUUGCUUCCACGACGAUUCUUCGGGCUUCAGUGCUAGUAUUGAUAAUACUGUUAGAAGGCUUGUGUUCAAUUAUGGAAGGGAUGAUAUUUUGGGAAAGCAUGAUGCACCUGUUCGCUGUGUUGAGUACUCAUAUACUGGACAAGUGAUCACUGGUAGUUGGGAUAAAACCUUGAAAUGCUGGGAUCCUAGAGGAGCAAGCGGACAAGAGCAUACUCUUGUUGGGACCUAUGCACAACCAGAGAGGGUUUAUUCCUUGUCUCUAGUUGGCAACCGUUUAGUUGUAGCAACUGCUGGAAGGCAUGUAAAUGUCUAUGAUUUGCGGAACAUGUCUCAACCUGAACAGCGGAGGGAGUCUUCACUCAAAUACCAGACAAGAUGUGUGCGCUGUUAUCCUAAUGGAACUGGUUAUGCUCUUAGUUCAGUUGAAGGCCGUGUUGCAAUGGAAUUUUUUGAUCUCUCUGAUGCUGGUCAAAUCAAGAAAUAUGCAUUCAAAUGUCAUCGAAAAUCUGAAGCUGGAAGGGAUAUAGUCUACCCAGUAAAUGCCAUUGCAUUUCACCCUAUCUAUGGCACUUUUGCCACUGGGGGGUGUGAUGGUUUUGUUAAUGUGUGGGAUGGAAACAACAAAAAGAGGCUAUAUCAGUACUCAAAAUACCCUGCGAGCAUUGCAGCCUUGUCAUUCAGCAGAGAUGGUAGACUGUUGGCGAUAGCAUCUAGCUAUACGUUUGAAGAGGGACAUAAACCCCACGAACCAGAUACCAUAUUUUUGCGCAGUGUGAAUGAAGUUGAAGUGAAGCCGAAGCCUAAGCUGCUACCUAAUCCCACCAUGUAAGAAUUCAAGCGCCUUUUGUUCAACAUUUCAUCGCAUAUUGGUAGAUGUUUGUCAUAAAUUGAAAAAUCUGCUUAAAAUUGUAAAGACCAACUGUUUAAACGUAGCUUCUAUGUAAGUUGGACACUCCCUGACCAAACAUAUUUUAGUUGCUAAAAUUCAUAAGUUUGGCCGUUCAGCUCUGGGUUUGCUGAACUAUCA